UUUGCUGUUGCUUAGUAGUCCGAAGCAUGUUGGCUGUGAAGUACUCCUAUGAGCGGUGGAGUAAACAGACGGCUCAUCCGCACCUUGUGGCAGCGCAGUGACAGUGGAUGUUUGCAGCAUGGCACUGUCGGAAGAUGAUGUGAGUGCCUGGAGCUGUAAGCAGGUGGCCCAGUGGCUAAAGGAAGAAGGUUUUGGGCAGUACGUGGAGCUAUUGUGCACGCAGCACCGCCUGGAUGGCCUCAGUCUGCUGGCUCUGACUGAGGCCGACCUGAGGGGUCCUCCUCUGGGCCUCACGGUGCUGGGAGACAUCAAAAGGCUGACCAUAGCCCUCCGCCGGCUCCAGAGAAAAAACCAGGCCCAGCUGGAGGAGCUGGGCCUCGCACCUUCGGACAGUCUUCCCGCCGGGCUCUCCGCAGGCACUGCUGGGGUCAAGUGGAGCUGCGACGGAGCUGACGGGUGUAAUGGAGGUGAUCGCUUGUGUAACGGGACUGAGCUGCGGUCAAGGAACAGCAAUAGAUCUGGAUACAGCUCAGGAGAGGUGCUGUGUCACACACACUCCAACGGGAGGUGUAGGCAGCACUUAGCUGGUAGAUUGGACCCAGAGGUUUGGAAAACAGUCAUCAGUUCCUUAUAUGUUUUUCUUGUUUUUGGAUUCACAUCUUUUGUCAUGGUCAUCGUACAUGAGCGCGUCCCUGACAUGAGGACAUACCCACCGCUGCCUGAUAUAUUCCUGGACAGUGUACCCAGAAUUCCUUGGGCUUUUGCCAUGGCUGAAGCUUGUGGUCUCAUCUUAUGUUACAUGUUUCUGUUGAUCCUGCUCCUUCACAAACACAGGUCCAUCCUCUUCAGACGGCUGUGUUCUUUAAUGGGAACGGUGUUUUUGCUUCGUUGCUGCACCAUGUUUGCCACCUCGCUUUCUGUGCCAGGGCAGCACCUGAAGUGUGCCAGCAAGACAUAUGGUGACACCUGGGGAAAGAUACAGAGGGCUCUAACAAUCUGGAGUGGAUUUGGGAUGACUCUGACAGGCGUGCAAACCUGUGGAGACUACAUGUUCAGUGGGCACACUGUUGUCAUCACGAUGCUCAACUUCUUUGUGACUGAAUAUACCCCACGAACAUGGAAUCUGAUUCACACCAUAUCUUGGGUGUUAAACCUGUUUGGGAUUUUCUUCAUCCUGGCUGCUCACGAGCACUACUCCAUCGACGUGUUCAUCGCCUUCUACAUCACCACCCGCCUCUUCCUCUACUAUCACACCUUAGCUAACACCCGUGCCUACCAGCAUAGCCGAAGGGCACGCAUUUGGUUCCCCAUGUUCUCCUUUUUUGAGUGCAACGUGAAUGGACCCGUCCCCAACCAGUAUCACUGGCCCUUCAGUAAACCGGCCUUCAUGAAAACUCUGAUUGGAUAAAGUUGAAGUUACAGCAGUGGCAACAUGCAUGGGACUAUAAUGUGAAUGCCUUAGUGAAAAAACUUGAUAAUUUAUUAUAUAAAAAAACUUAAAAACAUGUUCUCUUUGACUAAUUUCUCUGAUAAAAGUGGCAGUUGUGGAAUGAUACUUUCUUAUAUGUUAGCUUAGCUGUCAAUAUAGAAGUUAGCUAACUUCUAUGUUGACAUUUAGCUAAGCUUAGCACAUGGACUGGAAACCGGGGUAUAGUUGACCAGGGUCUGUUUAAAGGUACCUUACCAGCACAUUUGAAAUGAUAAACUCUUUUAUAAACAUCAAGUUUUAGUAAUACUGAUGUUUUGAUAUUUGUUGUUAGGAUUUUUUUUUAAACUUUGGAUAAACGUCGUUGGUUGUUUCUGGUCUUUACGCUAAGCUAACCUAAGCUAAGCUACGCUGUCUGGCUGCUAACUAUAGAGGUUUCUCACAGGACAAUAGAUUUCUCACCAUGUUGGACAUGAUGCAACCACCAGUUGCAAAGAAAAAAUGCAUUCACCAACUGAUUGGCGAGUGGUUGCUGGGUGUCAUUAGGUGAAGUUUGUCACAAUGAGGGUUUUGCACCGAAAACCUUGUGAUUGCCGUGGUUGCAAGCAGAUCAUUGUAAACGUCUGUAAUUAGCAUGGAAGAUACCAACUUAAGUGGAAAUGCUCUCUUACUAACUACUGAGUGGUAGUGAAACUUGGAAAAGUGUAGCGCAAACCAGAAAUGGAGAUUGUCUCCAAAAUAAAAGUUGUUUCUCACAGUUUACAAUGUUAUUUUUAAAACUCAACUUCUGCUUCCACUUUAAAGUCAAAUGGUCUCUGUUUGUUGGACUUCUCACAGUUUCACUACUUUUUGGAGUUGGUGAGUGAUUGCAGACAAGUUGCUGUCUUCCAUGCUAACUAUGGGGAAUCAAAAUAAUCUCAGAGGUUUUCGCCAACCAGUACGGGACUACACGUUUUUCACGUUUUUCCCUAGUAACUGGUGGGGGGUGGGUCACUGAAUGUUCUCUACACCUGUGAGAGUGGGGCCUUAUUUACUUUUGUCACAUGUCCAAAAUGGCAAAUGUUAACAUCACGUGGUUAGCAGUCACAUGACUCCAAAAAGUCAAUAGUUUCAUAUGUACAUUAUAUCAGACGCUGAAUACGUGUUUGUCUCAAAAUAUUGAGCAGUACCUUUAAAUGUAAUUGCACACUGCCAAAGGAAAAGAAUGAGAUUUAUUUGUUGGCUAAGCGUUCCAGGUACAUUUAAUUUCUUUGAAGAUUUGCCUUGAAAUGAUCACUUUUGUCAUUCUUAGCUUCUGCUUUGGGGUUGUUUACUGUUUGGUGGUGGUUUGGGUUUUUGGUGGUACUUGAUAAUUACAGCAGGAAUCUAAUGAGAUAGCUGUGGAUUGAUACUGUAGUUGUGCCUCUUCGGGAGUUGAGGUGGUGAUGCCUCAGAGCUCAGGCUUUGCUGCAAACAUAUCUGACACCUGUUGGAUAGCUGCUACCAAAGAAGCACUCGUUUCUUUAGAUGUGCAAAAAAAAAAUCCUCUGCACUAACAUAAAAAAUGUCUUUUAUUUCACUUGCACUAAGAUGAACUCACCACUGACAUAGAGCUCCCUAUAUUCAGAGUUAAACUCAAUAAAGUAUGUGAAUAUUAAUUGCAAAAAAUGUAUAUUUUGCACAUUAAACCUUAUAUGUGUAAUUGUUUCUUUAUCCCAGUUUGAUACUCUGUCAUGGUUUUCUACGAUUUUUUUUUUUUUUUUUUUACUGAUUGUUAAGUGGUGACUGUAGAAAUAUGGAGAUAUCAUCUGUUGCCUAUAAAGCUUUAAAAGCAGUUUGUUUUUGUUUUGUUUUUUAAGCAAAGGUUCAAAAGUGCAGUGUUUACUCUGGCAGGUCUGAUCCAAACUUUAUCUCUUUAACUGUUUACAAAGUGUAUCGUUUAUCGAUGCAAGUAAUCCAUCUCUGCCUUUUGGCUCAGGAAUAAAAGUUGCUA